GCUCUCACCAUCCAAGACGAAAGGCGCACACGCCGGAGAGCAGCAGCUAUAUACCGGGGCUAAAAUUAGGGACGGAUAGUGCGUAUUUCCUCCGCUUCGUACAAUUGGUCCAGCUUCUACUGCCGUGAUAUUUAUAAGAUCUUAAGGUCUUCCACCACUCAUACUUGCUGCAUGAGUGUGAAACACAGAGUGUAAAAGCAGAAACGAGUUGUAGUGCACUACAACCUAAGUUUCUUGGAGGGAUUGGAACUCGUCCCCGAUUUUGAAGGUUUUUAUUUCACUGGGACAACUGGAAAUGGCUUUGAGUGGAACAAUUUUACCGUCGAUUUCCACAUUUUCGGCACAGAAGGAAAAAUGCUGGGAAAACAGGUGGAAGGAUGAACUGGACAGGUCCAUGCAUCUCAGCUGCGCAGCUGACAUCUCAAACAUGGACAACCUCAACAGAGCAACAGAUGACGAAGAUCUCGACAAAUAUCUGGAUCUAGAAUUUAUUCUGGCCAACACUGUGGCUUCUGAUCAUCUCGGGCUCUGCGACUACAGAAUGCAUGAGUCUAGAAACGUGUACAAUCCACCCACGUACCAAGAGAUCAAUCAGUCACCUCCACCGUAUUCCAGCCUCAUGGAAGAGCUUCUCCAGUCCGACGUAGACACCUACUGCCAGCAGUCUCUGGCCAACAACAUCCAUGGACGAUUCCUAGUCAGGUCCUUCCCCAGUCAGGACAUUUCGGAGUGUAUCAAAGUGGAGCCCUGCAUGGACAGUUAUGGACCUGUACGAGGAAUGGUUCCCAAAGUCAAACAGGAGGGCAGCGGCACUUGCAUGAGAUCGUACGAGCAACCGAGACUGGCCAACUCGCCGCAGGGAGCAGGCAGCAUGACUCCGCCGCAGAGCCCCGUGGAGCUCAUCAACACAGACUGUCAGUCGCAGAUGUGCCAUGCCAUGACGUUCACACAAACCUACCAAGGCAACACUGGGUUUCCCCACGCUGCACCCCCACAGAUGCAGCUGUCGUACCCAACCACGCAUCACUUCAACGUGUGCGACGAGCCACUCGGGAUGCCCAGCGCCAACCAAAGAGUACUUCUCACACCACCCUCAUCUCCUUUGGAGAUGGACGCCAAACCAAAGAGGGGACGCCGCACUUGGCCGAGGAAACGGACGGCGACCCACACUUGCACUUUUUCUGGAUGUGGCAAAACCUACACGAAAAGUUCUCACUUGAAGGCGCACCACAGAACGCAUACAGGCGAAAAGCCUUACCAUUGCAGCUGGGAAGGUUGCGGAUGGAAGUUCGCCCGUUCCGACGAACUGACCCGUCACUUCCGCAAGCACACCGGACACCGACCCUUCCAGUGCCACCUGUGCGAGCGCGCCUUCUCCCGCUCCGACCAUCUCGCCCUCCACAUGAAACGCCAUAUGUAGGAACAGACUCUGAAUAUUUGGACUAAACGCACUGAACCAUGAACAUCUCAGAUGUUCACAGCAAGCAUUUUGUCUGUACCCCUUCUAUUUAAAGUUUGACAUAGUCAACUGACUUGACUUUUGCGACUUCGUAGCUGGUUCUACACUUCAUUACAGAUUUUAUAAAAUAUAGAGCUUUACAAACGCCAAAAAGUUCAACUCAAGCUAGGCUGGACCUAAACCUCAAGACGGAACUGGAAUCAGACAGUAAAAUGUGUUUAAGUUAACAUGAUGUGCUACGGACAUCACGACAGUGCCUUUUAAUACAUGUAUACAUCUCACGAGUGCCAUAAAUACUCUUGGCAUUUUGCAAAAAAGUAUGCUAUUGUUUCAAGAAACUAAAUAAGCUUUAUAAGACAAUGUUUUCCUCUGUCAAAACUGCCUUAAAAGUUAAAGGGCGUUAAAUGAAUGUUUAAUUUGUGCAUUUAUCGAUAUAAACGUUUUUUUAAAAAAUCAGGGUCUUAUGGUUGUUUCAUUUCUUUAUUUUUCUAACGUACUCGUACAAUUUGUAUGCUGUUAACGUGAAAUGCAGACUGUCCCAUGUUCGGAUGACAUGAUAAGGGCUAUGUGAGUUGUUCUGGACCAAAUGUUUUAUGUACAUAAUUUAUACACUGUAAAUAUUGUACCUACUGUACAUAUUAAACUUAAUUGAGAUAUAAA